GAAUGAAUAUUCCUCCGCCGCCAUGAGUACACAUUCAUUUCCGGAAUGUUUCCUCUGCUGAGCGCUGACCAACCUCCACCGCCAUUGCAGGUCCAGGGAGACAGUGUAGCGGCACUAACUAGCUAGGGGGAAGCCAGCAAGUACAUAGUUUAAAGUCAAAUAAUACCGCCAACAUUCUGCUAACACAUUUAAGAACAACGCGUAGUAUUCAUCUACUGGGACUUUACAACAGCCGUCCCCUGGCUCUCCGGCUAGGAUCUGAGGGAAGAAGUCGUAGUUUGUUAGCAUUAGAGCAUAUAGGAGGAGAGUAGAGAGACACCGCCAUGGCUCAGAUCCUGCCUAUCCGCUUCCAGGAGCACCUGCAGCUCCAGAACCUGGGCAUCAAUCCGGCAAACAUUGGCUUCAGCACGCUGACCAUGGAGUCGGACAAGUUCAUCUGCAUCCGGGAGAAGGUGGGCGAGCAGGCGCAGGUGGUGAUCAUAGACAUGGCCGACCCCAACACGCCCAUCCGCAGGCCCAUCUCUGCCGACAGUGCCAUCAUGAACCCCGCCAGCAAGGUCAUCGCACUUAAAGCCGCUAAAACCCUUCAGAUCUUCAACAUCGAGAUGAAGAGCAAGAUGAAGGCGCACACCAUGACGGACGACGUCACCUUCUGGAAGUGGAUCUCCCUCAACACGGUGGCGCUGGUCACCGACAACGCCGUGUACCACUGGAGCAUGGAGGGCGACUCGCAGCCCAUCAAGGUGUUCGACCGCCACUCCAGCCUGGCGGGCUGCCAGAUCAUCAACUAUCGCACGGACGCCAAGCAGAAGUGGCUGCUGCUUAUCGGCAUCUCGGCCCAGCAAAACCGUGUGGUCGGCGCCAUGCAGCUGUACUCCGUGGACAGGAAGGUGUCGCAGCCCAUCGAGGGCCACGCCGCCAGCUUCGCCCAGUUCAAGAUGGAGGGCAACGCGGAGGAGUCCACUCUGUUCUGCUUCGCUGUGCGAGGCCAGGCCGGAGGAAAGCUGCAUAUCAUCGAAGUGGGGACGCCACCGACUGGCAACCAGCCAUUUCCAAAGAAAGCAGUGGACGUGUUCUUCCCCCCGGAGGCGCAGAACGACUUCCCUGUGGCAAUGCAGAUAAGCUCCAAACAGGAUGUGGUCUUCCUCAUCACCAAAUAUGGCUACAUCCACCUGUACGAUCUGGAGACGGGCACCUGCAUCUACAUGAACAGGAUCAGCGGGGAAACCAUCUUUGUAACCGCACCACACGAGGCCACCGCCGGCAUCAUCGGAGUCAACAGGAAAGGACAGGUGCUGUCGGUGUGCGUGGAGGAGGAGAACAUCAUCCCCUACAUCACCAACGUGCUGCAGAACCCCGACCUGGCGCUGCGCAUCGCCGUGCGCAACAACCUGGCGGGCGCAGAGGAGCUCUUCGCUCGCAAGUUCAACAACCUGUUUGCCGCCGGGAACUACUCGGAGGCUGCCAAGGUGGCGGCCAACGCACCAAAGGGCAUCCUGCGUACCCCGGACACCAUCCGGCGCUUCCAGAGCGUCCCCGCGCAGCAGGGACAGACCUCUCCCCUGCUCCAGUACUUUGGCAUCCUGCUGGAUCAGGGCCAGCUCAACAAGUUUGAGUCCCUGGAGCUGUGCAGGCCGGUGCUGCAGCAGGGACGCAAACAGCUGCUGGAAAAGUGGCUCAAGGAAGACAAGCUGGAGUGCUCGGAGGAGCUGGGGGACCUGGUGAAGGCAGUGGACCCCACCCUGGCUCUCAGUGUGUACCUGAGAGCCAACGUGCCCAACAAGGUCAUCCAGUGCUUCGCUGAGACCGGGCAGUUCCCCAAGAUCGUCCUGUAUGCCAAGAAGGUGGGCUACACCCCAGACUGGAUCUUCCUGCUGAGGAACGUGAUGAGGAUCAACCCGGAGCAGGGCCUGCAGUUUGCACAGAUGCUGGUGCAGGACGAGGAGCCUCUGGCAGACAUCACCCAGAUCGUGGACGUGUUCAUGGAGUACAACCUGAUCCAGCAGUGCACGUCCUUCCUCCUUGAUGCCCUGAAGAACAACAGACCCUCAGAGGGACCCCUGCAGACUCGCCUGCUGGAGAUGAACCUCAUGCACGCACCACAGGUCGCUGACGCCAUCCUUGGCAACCAGAUGUUCACCAACUACGACCGCGCCCACAUCGCCCAGCUGUGCGAGAAGGCUGGCCUCCUGCAGAGGGCGCUGGAGCACUACACAGACCUGUACGACAUCAAGCGGGCAGUGGUGCACACGCACCUCCUCAACCCCGAGUGGCUGGUGAACUUCUUCGGCUCCCUGUCGGUGGAGGACUCCCUGGAGUGCCUGCGGGCCAUGCUGUCGGCCAACAUCCGGCAGAACCUGCAGAUCUGCGUCCAGGUGGCCUCCAAGUACCACGAGCAGCUCUCCACGCAGUCCCUCACCGAGCUCUUUGAGUCCUUCAAGAGCUUCGAAGGUCUCUUCUACUUCCUGGGCUCCAUUGUCAACUUCAGUCAGGACCCAGAAGUGCACUUCAAGUACAUCCAGGCGGCCUGCAAGACGGGCCAGAUCAAAGAGGUGGAGAGGAUCUGUCGGGAGAGCAACUGCUACGACCCAGAGCGCGUCAAGAACUUCCUCAAGGAGGCCAAGCUCACAGACCAGCUGCCACUCAUCAUUGUGUGCGACCGCUUCGACUUCGUCCACGACCUGGUGCUCUACCUCUACCGGAACAACCUGCAGAAGUACAUCGAGAUCUACGUGCAGAAAGUCAACCCCAGCCGCCUUCCCGUGGUCAUCGGGGGGCUCCUGGACGUGGACUGCUCAGAGGACGUCAUCAAGAGCCUGAUCCUGGUGGUCCGCGGCCAGUUCUCCACCGACGAGCUGGUGGCCGAGGUGGAGAAGAGGAACAGACUGAAGCUGCUUCUGCCCUGGCUGGAGGCCCGCAUCCAUGAGGGCUGCGAGGAGCCGGCCACCCACAACGCCCUGGCCAAGAUCUACAUCGACAGCAACAACAACCCUGAGCGCUUCCUGCGGGAGAACCCUUACUACGACAGCCGGGUGGUGGGCAAGUACUGCGAGAAGAGGGACCCCCACCUGGCCUGUGUGGCCUACGAGAGGGGCCAGUGUGACCAGGAGCUCAUCAAUGUCUGCAAUGAAAACUCGCUGUUCAAGAGCCUGUCCCGCUACCUGGUCCGCCGCAAGGACCCCGAGCUGUGGGCCAGCGUGCUGCUGGAGACCAACCCCUUCAGGAGGCCUCUCAUCGACCAGGUGGUGCAGACGGCCCUCUCCGAGACCCAGGACCCGGAGGAGGUGUCGGUGACGGUCAAGGCCUUCAUGACGGCCGACCUACCCAACGAGCUGAUCGAGCUGCUGGAGAAGAUCGUGCUGGACAACUCGGUCUUCAGCGAGCACAGAAACCUCCAGAACCUCCUGAUCCUGACGGCCAUCAAGGCGGACCGCACCCGCGUGAUGGAGUACAUCAACCGGCUUGACAACUACGACGCGCCCGACAUCGCCAACAUCGCCAUCAGCAAUGAGCUCUUUGAGGAGGCCUUCGCCAUCUUCAAGAAGUUUGACGUCAACACCUCCGCUGUGCAGGUGCUCAUCGAGCAUAUUGGGAACCUGGACCGGGCCUACGAGUUUGCGGAGCGCUGCAAUGAACCGGCGGUGUGGAGCCAGCUGGCCAAGGCCCAGCUGCAGAAGGAGCUGGUCAAAGAGGCCAUUGACUCCUACAUCAAGGCUGACGACCCCUCCGCCUACAUGGAGGUGGUCCAGGCCGCGGAUCAGAGCGGUAACUGGGAGGACCUGGUGAAGUUCCUCCAGAUGGCGCGCAAGAAGGCCCGCGAGUCGUACGUGGAGACGGAGCUCAUCUUCGCCCUGGCCAAGACCAACCGCCUGGCCGAGCUGGAGGAGUUCAUCAACGGACCGAACAACGCCCACAUCCAGCAGGUGGGCGACCGCUGCUACGACGAGAAGAUGUACGACGCGGCCAAGCUGCUCUACAACAACGUGUCCAACUUCGGCCGGCUGGCCUCCACGCUGGUGCACCUGGGCGAGUACCAGGCCGCCGUGGACGGGGCCCGCAAGGCCAACAGCACCCGCACCUGGAAGGAGGUGUGCUUCGCCUGCGUGGACGGCGAGGAGUUCCGGCUGGCCCAGAUGUGCGGCCUCCACAUCGUGGUGCACGCCGACGAGCUGGAGGAGCUCAUCAACUACUACCAGGACCGCGGCUACUUCGAGGAGCUGAUCACCAUGCUGGAGGCGGCUCUGGGCCUUGAGCGUGCCCACAUGGGCAUGUUCACCGAGCUGGCCAUCCUCUACUCCAAGUUCAAGCCCCAGAAGAUGAGGGAGCACCUGGAGCUCUUCUGGUCCCGCGUCAACAUCCCCAAGGUUCUGCGGGCGGCCGAGCAGGCGCACCUGUGGGCCGAGCUGGUCUUCCUGUACGACAAAUACGAGGAGUUCGACAACGCCAUCAUCACCAUGAUGAACCACCCCACGGACGCCUGGAAAGAGGGCCAGUUCAAGGACAUCAUCACCAAGGUGGCUAACGUGGAGCUGUACUACAAAGCCACCCAGUUCUACCUGGAGUUCAAGCCCUUGUUACUGAACGACCUGCUCAUCGUGCUCUCACCAAGACUGGACCACUCUCGUGCCGUCAACUACUUCUCCAAGGUGAAGCAGCUGCCCCUUGUCAAGGCCUACCUGCGUUCCGUACAGAACCACAACAACAAGUCGGUCAACGAAGCACUUAACAACCUCUUCAUCACAGAAGAGGACUAUCAGGCCGUGAGGACAUCGAUAGACGCCUACGACAACUUUGACAACAUCUCGCUGGCCCAGCGGCUGGAGAAGCACGAGCUGAUCGAGUUCAGGAGAAUCGCCGCCUACCUCUUCAAGGGCAACAACCGCUGGAAGCAGAGCGUGGAGCUCUGCAAGAAGGACAAGCUCUACAAGGACGCCAUGCUGUACGCAUCGGAGUCCAAGGACACGGAGCUGGCGGAGGAGCUGCUGGCCUGGUUCCUGCAGGAGGACAAGAAGGAGUGCUUUGCCGCCUGCCUCUUCACCUGCUACGACCUGCUGCGGCCCGACGUGGUGCUGGAGACGGCCUGGCGCCACAACAUCAUGGACUUCUCCAUGCCCUACUUCAUCCAGGUCAUGAGGGAGUACCUCAGCAAGGUUGAUGCAAUUGAGGAAAAGGCAAAGGUGGAUAAGUUGGAAACCUCAGAGUCCAUGAGGAAAGAGGAGGAACAGGCAACGGAGACGCAGCCUAUCGUCUAUGGCACUCCCCAGCUGAUGCUGACGGCGGGCCCCACCGUACCGGUCGCGGCCCAGCCCGCCUACGGCUACGGUUACCAGGCACCGGCCGGCUACGCACCGCCACCUGCCCAGCCGGGCUUCGGCUACGGCAUGUAAAGACCCCUGUCCGGGCCGGAAGCCCCGGCCCACUUGUCCCCACAGUCCUUUUACCAGCCCAAUAUUGUUCGUUUGUCCUGCAACGGGACUGACGGCAAACAAGCAGUUAUUAUAUUUUAGUUUUUUUUUUUUUUUUUUUUUUUUUUACUUCUUCCUCCUCUAUAACUGUCAUGAAGGACUCCAUUUUAUUCCUGUUAAGAAAAAAAUGGCUUGAAUCACAUGGAUUAUUUUUUUCACAUUCCGAUUUAAUUUUUCACAUAUUAUGGUAACAAAAACGAAAAAUAAAUUUGGGGUCUAUUUUAUUUGAAUGGGAAACGGGUUUAUGUACAAUGUGGGUGGGGGAAACUGUUGGAAGAGCAAGUCCUCUUCUCGGCUACAUAAAAGGUCUGUUGUGAAGCAUCUGAUUUGCACUCUGUACCGAGAAGAAAUUAAUGUAGAAUCUCUUCAUUUUGAUGUGUGAGAAGCUUGUUCUGUCCGUCUUUAAAAAAAAAAUGCAUUUAAUUAUUGUAUAUUCAGAAGAAAGGAAAAACAAAAGAUAAAAAAAAUACAAAUGCUACUAUGUUCCUCUAUAUUUGAACAUGAAACUGCCGCUUCCCCAGGCCACAAAACCACAAACACUACGUCAUGCCAGUAACCGUUGUGGGAGAGGGCGGGUCAUUUUUCAAAAUAAAUACCCCUCCCACCUCCAAGAGAUUAUUUUAACAUGCGUACUUAAUUCCCCCCCCCCCCACAACGCUCUUAUUGUUUAGGGCGGCAUACUUCCCAUCAAGGCCCUGCAGGAUCUCCUGUGAGUUACUGUAGUAGUACUGUAUGCCGACUAAUGCCCUAUUCCCUUGUGCUUUAAAUAUGUGCUCUUAAUGUGGGACCAUUCCAUUGGAGGAGGGGUUUCUGAGGAUGACUCGUGUUUGGCCUCCUCCCCACCACCUGUGUGUAUUUGACUAACCCCUGUCCUCUCCUGCUUGUUAUUCUUUCUGUGCUGCGGUUUGUAUGCUGGAUAUUGUGGUGUUUUAGGUCACUGUUCCUGAGUGUACAGAAGAGAAUUAUGACCCCCAGUGUGGUCCCUACCAGGUUAAUCUGUCCACUGUUCCCACUUAGAUCUAAUUAAGAGAUAAUAUCAUAAGACUGGGGUGAUUUAGAGUUUCUAUCAAAGGCUUUACGCAUUCUGCAGACAACUGAUCAUUAACCUCCCCCUUUGACCUUAUAUUCUUAAAUUACUUUAGAUUGAAGUGUGCACUUAAAGAUAGUUGAUUGUGCAAAAUAAAGAUAAUGAAUGAAACGGCAGUUUUCUUAUCCACUUAAAAAAAUAAAAGCUUGUUUGUCAAGAAAA